AUGACGACGAUAGAAUUUAGUGGAGAAGAAAAGAAGUUAAUUCUUCAAAUAGCAAGAGAGUCCGGAAGAGCAGAGAUAGAAAGAAAGAAACAAAAGGACUACAGCGAGAUUUGCACAACACCGAAUCUGACUAUGAUACCGGGAGGAGUUUUUGUAACAUUCAAAAUCAAGGGAGAACUGAGGGGAUGUAUUGGAUGCUUUUCACCUGAAAAGCCGGUGUAUGAGUUGAUUCAAGAGUACGCCGUUUGUGCUUGUAACGAUAGCAGAUUUGAUAGAAUGACAGUCGAAGAGUAUGACAAAACCACCAUUUCUGUGUCUUGUUUGUCGCCAUCUGUAGACACAAAAGACCCCCUCAAAGAAGUGAUUGCUGGUAAACAUGGCAUCAGGGUGCAAUAUGGGUAUUAUAGAGGGACGUAUCUUCCACAAGUUGCGACAGAACAAGGAUGGGACACAAAGACUUUCUGCACUCAUUGCGCGUAUCACAAAGCUGGUAUUAGUACAUCUGUAGAUGUAUUUAACAACCCCAAGGUUAAGUGGCAGAUAUAUACCGCGACGAUUGUUUCGGAGUAA